UCCCACACGUCCAAACAAAGACUUGCAAGUUGCACCAAUGAGACGACUAGAAUUAUGUGGUUGGACUUGGACAUUCAUGUUCCUGCUUAUAUAACUUCAAUUGAACAUACUCCGAUUGAGAACUCAGACCACACACCAAGAUGAGUCUCAUAACAAAAUUACUCUCAAUUUCUGUCCUACCCUUAUUUCUCUCUCUCAUCCCAUUGCUUCAAAUCAAAGCCCUUGCCCUUAACCCAACGACAUCCCUUAGUCAUAUUAACCCUAUUAAUGUUGCUGGCAACGAGACCGAUUUCCAUGCAUUAUUGGCCUUCAAGUCGAAUAUUUUCCCAGAAUAUCAACAGGCCUUGAGCUCAUGGAAUGAAUCUCUCCAUUUCUGUCACUGGAAAGGUGUCAAAUGCAGUCGUCGACACGAAUGAGUCAUCGUUAUAGACCUCACAUCUAGAGGUCUAAUGGGCUUUUUGUCUCAUUACAUCGGAAACCUUAGCUUUCUCCACGAGCUUAGCCUCAAAAACAAUACUUUCAUUGGUGAAAUUCCAACCGAACUCGGUAAUCUUUUUAGGUUACAGAAACUGGAUCUGGAGCUUAACGGUUUCAAAGGUACAAUUCCAACAAGCCUAUUCCGUUGCUCAAAUCUAACAUACCUUAGUGUAUCCACAAACAAGCUAGUUGGAGAGUUCCCGAAAGAACUUGCUUAUUUUAUGCCGAGACUCGUAACACUCUACAUUGAUAGAAAUAAUUUCACAGGAGGCCAUGGGAUUCCUCCUUCGAUUGGGAAUCUUACCUCUCUGGAACACUUUGACGCCUGUGACAACCCUUUUGGAGGAAGCAUUCCAAAUGCUUUGGGUCAAUUGAAAAAUUUAAGAGAACUUUGGUUGGGUAACACUACAAUUUCAGGUACCAUCCCUCCUGCCUUAUACAACCUAUCGUUGCUAAUUAGAUUAUCAGUGCCUCAUAAUCAACUUUGGGGUAGUCUUCCGCCUUCUUUCGGUUUCAUGUUCCCUCACCUUGAGGCCCUUCACCUAUUCACCAACAAAUUCAAUGGACCCAUUCCACUUUCAAUAUCCAACUGUUCACAGUUGGUACUACUCGAGUUGGAUGAGAACAAUUUCGGUGGAAGCCUAAGAAAUGAUUUCGGAGCCCUACGAAAUCUCCGUUUUAUAAGUCUGUCGGAUAACAACUUUAAAACUAGGGGAUCUAAUGGACUAUCCUUUCUUAGUUCUUUCACCAAUUGUAGCAAUUUAGAAUCGAUGGAUUUGGAUAAUAACGAAUUUGGAGGUUUAUUACCGGAUUCUGUGGGCAAUCUAUCAAUCUCUCUUGAUCAGUUGAGAAUAAGUGGAAAUCAAAUCUAUGGAUCUAUUCCAUCAACAAUAGGAAAACUAGUGAAUCUUGAAGUUUUAGAACUAAAUGACAACCUAUUCACAGGCUCAAUUCCUGAGAGCAUAGGUUAUCUUCAUAAGUUGCAAUACUUGUCAUUUUCAUACAAUACAAUCUCAGGUGAAAUUCCAAAGUCUAUUGGAAACUUGUCAAUGAUGAAUAAACUUUACUUAGAGAAAAACAGACUAGAGGGAGCCAUACCUGCGAGUCUUGGCAACUGUCAGAAUUUGUUAAUUCUAACACUUUCUGAUAAUAACCUUAAUGGGAGCAUACCAAGACAACUUUUGAUGGUCUCUUCUCUUUCAAUUGCAUUGCAUCUAGCUCGCAACCGUUUGUCUGGAUCCUUGCCACCUGAGGUUGGAAAGCUCAAAAAUUUAGCAGAGAUUGAUAUCUCCGAGAAUGGUUUGUUUGGUGAAAUUCCUAAUACUCUUGGUAGUUGCAGUAGCCUUGAAAAUCUAUUUUUGAAACAAAAUUUCUUUCAAGGAUCUAUUCCUCCAUCAAUGAAAUCUAUGAGAGGUAUUCAAAAUUUGGACCUCUCCCACAACAACUUAUCCGGUCAAAUUCCUACAUUCUUAGGGACAUUUGACUUGAAGAAUCUCAAUUUGUCUUUCAACAAUUUUGAAGGAGAGUUACCAAUGAAUGGGGUUUUCACAAACGCAAGUGCAAUAUCAAUUGCCGGAAAUCAUAGGCUUUGUGGUGGCAUUUCUCAACUACAACUACCGCGGUGCACUACAAAAAAAUCGAGAAACAAGAUGUCUCGUUCGCAGAUGUUAGGAAUCAUUGCAGCUUCGGUACUUGUAGGAGUAACCGCAGUAUCAUCUUUCCUCAAAUGUUGGUUCAAGAAGAAAAGAAACACAAAACCUAAGGUUUCAUUAUUGAAAGAUCCAUUCUUGAAAGUCUCUUAUGGAGAACUUCUCAAAGCAACUGAAGGUUUCUCUUCAACGAAUCUACUUGGUUUUGGUAGUUUCGGCCGUGUGUAUAAAGGUGUUAUUAAACAAAACGGGGAGUUAGUUGUUGCGGUCAAAGUACUUGACCUUCAAACUACUGGCGCUACCAAGAGUUUCAUGGCAGAGUGCGAAGCCUUAAGGAAUAUUCGACACCGAAACUUGGUUUCGAUCAUAACGUCGUGUUCUAGCAUGGAUUUUCAAGGUAAUGAGUUUAAAGCUCUAGUAUACAAGUUCAUGCCGAAUGGAAGUCUAGAUAAAUGGUUGCAUGCUAUUCCAGAAGAAAAUAAUGGAGAACGUGAGUUCGUGGGACUCAAUCUUCUACAAAGAGUAGACAUUGCCAUAGAUGUGGCUUGUGCACUUGAUUAUCUUCAUCACCAAUGCGAAAUGCCAAUUAUUCACUGCGAUUUAAAACCGAGUAAUGUCCUUCUUGAUGAUGACAUGGUUGCCCAUGUUGGAGAUUUCGGUCUAGCUAGAUUUCGUGGAAAGCUCAACAGUCCAAGUACUAGUAGUUCAACAGCAAUAAGGGGAACCAUUGGAUAUGCAGCUCCAGAGUACGGUCUGGGAAGUGAGAUGUCAACUAGUGGAGAUGUUUAUAGCUAUGGGAUCUUGUUGUUGGAGAUGAUAACAAGGAAGAGACCUACUGACAAAAUGUUUGAGGCAGACCUUAAUCUUCAUAACUUUGCAAGGAUUGCCUUGCCUCAACGUGUGAUGGAGAUUGUAGACCCUAUGCUUUUAACCGAGGAGACAUGUGGCAGCAAAAUAAUGGAAAAUCUGAUCUCCCUCAUCAAGAUAGGACUGACAUGCUCUACAGAGUCCCCAAAAGACCGAAUGAACAUAAAUAUUGCACUCCAUGAGCUUCAUCUGGUCAAGAACAAUAUUUUGAAUGUCCAAACAUUGGGGACCCAUAGCUCGCACAUUUGACAAAUUUGCUCGGCACGCUCUCGGUAAUUUAUGACUUUGUGGAUCAUGCUUGAUGGCCGAAGAAGCCUGGAUGUUGUUGUUUUGUUCAAUUAUGUAGUAGGAUUGUGUUUACUUAGACUUGUAUCUUUUGUUGACGGUUGUGCCGGAUUUGUGGCUAGAACUUUGGUUAUGCUUAGGUUUAAUCUAGGAUGCUUGUAAUAACUUCAAUCUAUCUUGCACUUAGAUCUUGUUAAUUUAUCAGUUGUUAAUUUAUCA